CCAAAUCAAGUCAUUUCUUGGAUCUAAGUGACUAAAUAUUAAACCAAACACAAAUUAGAAGAACAAACUUUGCCAUAUUAUAAUUGCCAUUAUAAAAAGAUUGGUAAAAAUUAAAAACUGUUGAGGAAUGGCAGAGGCUGAUGAUCCAAAAGAUAUAGCUGAUCGAGAACGAAUCUUCAAGCGUUUUGAUGGAGAUGGUGAUGGACAAAUCUCUGCGACAGAACUUGGAGAGACCUUGCAAGCGUUAGGUUCUAUUACUCCUGAAGAAGUUAAGUAUAUGAUGGAUGAAAUUGAUACUGAUAAAGAUGGUUUCAUUUCUUUUCAAGAGUUCACAGAUUUUGCCAGAGCCAAUAGAGGCUUGAUUAAGGAUGUUGCUAAAAUUUUCUAGUUCAUUUCUUCUUCCAAUAUAUCUCCCCAUUUUGAUAUGAAUUUAACUUUUAUACGCUGA